CGUGAGCGUUGGCGUCCGGGACGCGGGAUGGAGCGUCCGGGAUUUCAGUUUUUCUGACUGUUAAAUGAGAGGAUGAUUGCUCACAAACAGAAAAAGGCAAAGAAAAAACGUGUUGAGGCAUCAGGCCAGCUCUCUACUGAUGUUACAGCUUCUGAAAUGGGGCUCAAGUCUGUAAGUUCCAACUCCGUUUUUGACCCGGAUUACAUCAAGGAGUUGGUGAAUGAUGUCAGGAAGUUCUCCCAUAUGUUACUGUAUUUGAAAGAAGCUAUUCUUUCAGAUUGUUUUAAAGAAGUCAUUCAUAUACGUCUAGAGGAACUUCUCCGUGUUUUAAAGUCCGUAAUGAAUAAGCAUCAGAACCUCAAUUCUGUUGAUCUACAGAAUGCUGCAGAUGUACUUACUGCAAAAGUGAAAGCUGUGAACUUUACAGAAGUUAAUGAAGAAAACAAAAAUGAUUUAUUCCGAGAAGUGUGUUCUUCCAUUGAAACUUUGGCGUUUACCUUUGGGAAUAUCCUUACAAACUUCCUUAUGGGAGAUGUAGGCAAUGAGUCAUCAUUACGACUACCUGUUUCUCGGGACAAUAAGUCUUUUGAGAAUAUUUCUGUGGACUCAGUGGACUCAUCCAAUGAAAAAGGAAAUUUUUCUCCUGUUGAACUAGACAAUGUGUUGUUAAAGAACACUGACUCUGUAGAACUGGCUUUGUCAUAUGCUAAAACAUGGUCAAAAUAUACCAAGAACAUAGUGUCAUGGGUUGAAAAAAAGCUUAACUUGGAAUUGGAGUCCACUAGAAAUAUUGUGAAGUUGGCAGAGGCAACUAGAGCUAACAUUGGACUGCAAGAGUUUAUGCCACUACAGUCUCUAUUUACUAGUGCUCUUCUUAAUGACGUAGAGAGCAGUCACCUUUUACAGCAGACGAUUGCAGCUCUGCAAGCUAACAAAUUUGUGCAGCCUCUACUUGGGAGAAAAAAUGAAAUGGAAAAACAAAGGAAAGAAAUAAAAGAACUUUGGAAACAGGAACAAAAUAAAAUGCUUGAAACAGAAACUGCUCUGAAAAAGGCAAAAUUGUUAUGCAUGCAACGUCAAGAUGAAUAUGAAAAAGCAAAAUCCUCCAUGUUUCGUGCAGAAGAAGAGCAUAUGUAUUCCAGUAGUGGAUUAGUAAAAAAUCUCAACAAGCAACUAGAAAAAAAACGAAGAUUGGAAGAGGAGGCUCUUCAAAAAGUAGAAGAAGCAAAUGAACUCUACAAAGUUUGUGUAACUAAUGUUGAAGAAAGACGAAAUGACCUAGAAAAUACUAAAAGAGAAAUUUUAACACAACUUCGUACACUUGUUUUCCAGUGUGAUCUUACCCUUAAAGCUGUAACAGUUAACCUCUUCCAGAUGCAGCAUCUGCAGGUUGCCUCCCUUGCAAACAGUUUACAGUCUCUGUGUGAUAAUGCCAAACUCUAUGAUCCAGGACAAGAAUAUAGUGAAUUUGUCAAAGCUGCGAAUUCAACUGAAGAAGAAAAAGUUGAUGGGAAUGUAAAUAAACAAUUAACAUCUGCAUACAGACCUGCUGACUCUUUGGAGGAUGUUGUACGCCUUUCUGACAGUUGUAAUAAAAUUGAAGAGGACAGAUGCUCUAACAGUGCAGACAUAACAGGUCCUUCUUUCAUAAGAUCAUGGACAUUUGGGAUGUUCAGUGAUUCUGAAAGUACAGGAGGGAGCAGCGAAUCUAGAUCUCUGGAUUCGGAAUCUAUAAGUCCAGGAGACUUUCAUCGGAAACUUCCACGAACUCCAUCCAGUGGAACUAUGUCUUCUGCAGAUGAUCUAGAUGAAAGGGAGCCACCUUCCCCUUCAGAAGCUGGACCCAAUUCUCUUGGAACAUUUAAGAAAACACUGAUGUCAAAGGCAGCUGUCACUCACAAGUUUCGCAAAUUAAGAUCCCCCACAAAAUGCAGAGACUGUGAAGGCAUUGUAGUAUUCCAGGGUGUUGAAUGUGAAGAGUGUCUCCUUGUUUGUCAUAGAAAGUGUUUGGAAAAUUUAAUCAUCAUUUGUGGUCAUCAGAAACUUCCAGGGAAAAUGCACAUAUUUGGAGCAGAAUUCACACAAGUUGCAAGAAAGGAACCAGAUGGCAUUCCUUUUAUACUCAAAAUAUGUGCCACAGAGAUUGAAAAUAGAGCCUUGUCUUUACAGGGAAUUUAUCGUGUUUGUGGAAACAAACUUAAAACUGAAAAAGUGUGUCAAGCUUUGGAAAAUGGAUUGCACUUGGUAGAUAUCUCAGAAUUUAGUUCACAUGACAUCUGUGACGUCUUGAAAUUAUACCUUCGACAGCUCCCAGAACCAUUUAUUUUAUUCCGAUUGUAUAAGGAAUUUAUAGACCUUGCAAAAGAGAUCCAACAUGUAAAUGAAGAACAAGAGAUAAAAAAAGAUAGUACUGAGGACAAAAAAUAUCCAAAUAUGUGUGUAGAAAUAAACCGAAUUCUUCUAAAAAGCAAAGACCUCCUAAGACAAUUGCCAGCAUCAAAUUUUAACAGUCUUCACUACCUCAUAGUACAUCUUAAGCGGGUUGUAGAUCAUGCAGAGGAAAACAAGAUGAAUGCCAAAAACUUGGGAGUGAUAUUUGGACCAAGUCUCAUUAAGCCAAGGCCCACAACCGCUCCUGUCACUAUCUCCUCGCUUGCUGAAUAUUCAAACCAGGCACGAUUGGUAGAGUUCCUCAUUACUUACUCACAGAAGAUUUUUGAUGGAUCUCUGCAGCCACAGGAUGUUACAUGCAGUACAGGUGUUGUUGCACCUCAGGUUGAUCAAGGCUGUCUUCCGAAACCUCUGUUAUCACCAGAAGAAAGAGAUUCAGAACAUUCCAUGAAGUCACUUUUCUUUUCUUCAAAGGAAGAUAUCCAUAGUGAAAGCAACAUUUUUGAACCAACUCGAUCAUUUGAAGAAUCAGAACACAAGCAAACUGUGUUGGAAAAAUGUGAUAUGUGUCUCAUUGACAACAAAGUACGUUUGCUUUCCGACCCAGAGCUUGAAUCAGCAUCCCAAAAGAUGGAGGAUGUUUGUAAAACCUCUAAACCACUUACUGUGAAAUCUGAUAGGAUAACAAACAACAUGUGGAGGCAUACUCCAAGGACCAAGAUUAGACCUGUAAGUUUGCCCAUAGAUAGAAUACUUCUUGCUAGCCCUCCUAGUGAAAGAAAUGGCAAAAAUAUGGGAAAUGUAAAUUCAGACAAGUUUUGCAAGAAUCCUACCUUUGAAGGACUUAACAGAAAAGAUUCUCCCACUACUGUUUGUUCCAAAUUUAAUGGCAUUGACCAGCAAACUCUACAGAAACCGUGGAGCAAACAAUGUGAACAGAACAACUUAAGUACCAAAACUACAAUGAUAAUGCCCAGUGGUCUCCAGGAAAAAGGAGCGACAACAAACAUCAGGAUCAGUGGAGAUGAUUCUAGUAAUGCCACCCAGCCCAGUAAGCCUUGCACAGAGCCACUCAGGUCAGCAAGAGAAGUAUCAGAGCGACGGUCCUUGGAUUCCUACCCUCUUGCUCCUGUGAGAGCACCCAGAACACUGCAGCCCCAGCACUGGACAACGUUUUAUAAACCACACACUCCCAGCAGUAGUGUCCGGGGGAGUGAGGAGAAACUGGUUUCUCUCUCAGCAGCAGUGCCUCCUGGCUCAGCUCAUGCUGCCCAGGGGCAGGCGGCAAAAUCACUUCCAGACUCAGAUGGCACAUCAGCUUGUGUUGCACAGCUGACUGGUCAGCCUAGAGGGACCUCUGAGGAGCAUGACUUGCCUGAUGUGACUCCGGUGUGCCAGAGACCAAGGCUAAAACGAAUGCAGCAAUUUGAAGACCUUGAGGACGAAAUCCCACAGUUUGUGUAGGGUUAUCAAAAUUCAGGAUUUCUUUUUUGUUAGUGUUUUAUAUUGUGUUUGUCUUAUGAAAGACAAUUUUGACAGGGCCUCCUUUGUAUAGAAUUGCCAAAGUAUGGAGUUUGCCUUUUGUUGUGUUGGUCAUAUUGAAUGGUAGAGUGUUUUCAUAGGGCCACAUUUGUGCCUCACUGGAAUUAUCUUUACAUUCUCUGUUUUGAAAGUUGUGAAUAAAAAAGAUUCAUAUUUUUUAAUAUUUAGGUAACUUUCCCCAUAAAAUGGUCCAGUUAAAUGCAUCCCUAAUAUAUGAUAAAGUUCUCAACUAAUAGAUGCAGUUUGGGGAAAAUCUGCUUUAUUUUUUAAUGAAACUACAUGCUUAUUUAUAAAAUAUUUCUGAAUGGCUGCAAGAUCUUUAUUUGAUACGAAUUUUUUUUCCACACAAUUUUAUAGUGCAUCUUUGACCAGUUACGCUUUUUUAGUAUGUAUGUAAUCUUUUAUUUUUCAAUUGGCAAAUCACUUAACAUUUUAAUAUUUACAUAAUGGCCAAAAGGCUUGCAAAUCUGUACUUAAUUGCAUUUUAAUUAAUUACCAGUUUUUAUAUGUGGUAGUUAAUUUUUACAAAGAAAAUGCACUUAAACCUUUAUUUCUAAAUUAUAUAGUUUAGUUACAUUUUAUUUGGCUUUAGAUUUUUUUAAUACAUUUGGUAGUUUUUUACCCCAUAGUUUGUCUACAUAAACUUCUUUUUCAAUGUUUUGAACUUUUUGGUAUUUUAUAUAAUGGUCCCAAAAAAUGUGUGUUUCGGAGUUUUUAAGUUCAAUGCAUUUCUUUUUGAUAUUGUCUAGGUUUUGUUAAAGCCAUUCCUUUUAUAUGUUUUGACGUAUGAAUCAUUUUGUACUUUUUCUACCUAGACUCCAUUGAAAAUGUACAUUUCAUCCAAAUUGAGCAAAGAUUUAUUUAAGUUGAUUUUGAGAAUACAAUUUAGUAAGCCUCAUUAUUUGGAAUUUGAGAGAAGGAAGGUAUAGAUGACUGGAUCUGUUUCAUUUAUAAAAUAACCAGUUUUUAGAACUACUGCAUCCCUGUUAUUUUUCUGGGUUCCAUCAUGUUUGUCUAAAAUGGGAUAUAAAAGGGACAAAAAGUAAAAUGUUUAUAUGUGUGAAUUAUAUUUCUAGAAAAUGCUUUUGUAUGACUGUGUUGUACUUGGUAAAAAAAUAUAUGUAUACAUAUAUAUAUAUAUAUAUGAACUUGUUAAA